AUGGAUUCUCCAGGAGGUUUAAGAAAAGGCUCGUGGACAGAAGCAGAAGACAAUCUUCUUCGAAAAUGUAUAGAACAAUAUGGUGAAGGAAAAUGGCAUCAAGUUCCUAUUAGAGCAGGUAUAAAUCGAUGCCGUAAAAGUUGUAGACUUCGUUGGUUGAAUUAUCUGCGGCCUUGUAUUAAACGAGGACAGUUUGAACCGGAUGAAGUAGAUCUUAUUGGCAGAAUGCACAAGCUCUUAGGCAACAGAUGGACACUGAUUGCUGGUAGACUCCCGGGAAGAACAGCAAAUGAUGUCAAGAACUUCUGGAACACUCACUUCAACAACAAAAGACAUAUUUCAUCAGAUCCAAUCCCGGGCGUUGGCGGUACCAGAAUCCGCACCUUGGGGAAAAGUAGUAGUACUGCUACUAUAGUCAUAAAACCUCAAGCAAUAAACUUCUCAAGAAAUUCUUCAUGGAUGGGCAGGAAGAUUAACAUGGAGCACCAGAUUGAUCAAAAACGACAUCAUUCAGCUAUAGAUUGUUCUGGUAAGGUAUCAAUUGAGUACUCCUUCGGAGACGAAGCCGGUUCCUGGUGCGAAAAUAAUAUUAUGGACUCUUUCACUAAUGGGUCUUCUUUGUUUACCAAAUUUUGUGUUAACGAUGGAGAUGAUAUCAAUCAAACUAUGGUACCAGCUGCUAUCAUUGAUGAAGGAGAAGACAACUUCAAUAAUGAUACUCUUGGUGAGGGAAAAAGUGCAACUAGUACAACUGCUGGUAGUAGUACUGCUGAUACAGUGGAUACUUUCGAUGAUGAUUUCUUUUUGGAAGAUCGCAUUUGGGGUUUGUUGGGCCCUAACUGAUAUUUUCGAGUUUAUGGUCAUUAAUAAGCUUAUGGUUAA